CGGAAAGGGACGAUUGAUUCCAGUAUCCCAGAUCGACAUCCCCUUUCCACUAUUCUGGGAUAGAAUGUGCCGGAAGAGUCUUUCUUACCUCACAUCAUGAAGACCAUUCCAUGGAAAGAAUUAUGUCCUAGUGAACUUUCGACUAGUCGACACGGAGAGAGCAUGUGUAUCGUUCCCGCUAACUCUUUUUUCGAGUACACUGGAAAGGACAAACAAUUCGAAUUAUUUGAGGGCUAUUAUCCGGAGUUGGCAAAGAAAGAUGCAGGGCUGAAGUACGAAUAUCAAAUACCACAGACGAGCAAAGACGCCAUGCGACUUGUGCUGAAGCUAUGCGAUCAAUCCCUCCUGGUUGACGCACUCUGCAUCCAUCAUCCAAGACCGCCACGAAGACAGGAAGGACCAUCUUCCAGCAUGGACCGUAUGUACGGUCCCUCCGUCCUCACCAAGGCAGCCCCUCACGGAGCUGGAGCUGGCGCCGGUCUUCCUCAUGUUCGAUCCCACUCUCGGGAACCUAUACCACGAGUUGAAAUGAUCCGAGGGAUUCGAUUAGCCAACAACAAGGCUUUCGCUUCAUCUUCUACAAAUCUUGAAAUAACGUCUCGACUAAUAAAUGCCAAUUAUGCAAAUAAUGGAUUGCUACAAUGUGCUUAAGAUAGUUAUUAUUUGUGUAAUUAGAUUUUUAUUUUUAUUCUACUCUACACGACCAAAUAACCUUUCACAAACGACGAGAAAAUUAGAUGUUCGAGCUUGAGCAUUGUUAUGCUGGAUUUGCUUGCUCACAUGUGUGGUUUGGAAGCCAGUCCACACCAAAAUCGAGAUUAA